AUAUAUUUCUGAGAGAGGGGCGAACACGAACGAUCGAAAAAAAAACACAAAAAUGAGGGGUCUUGACAACAACAAGAACAACGUCGUCAAAACCAUAGCUCGAUGGUGUCUUCUUUUACAAGCCAUCAUGAUGAUCUCUUCUAACGCCUUGGUUCUUGAAGGACCCGGCUACGUAAACAUGAACAUAACAAUCCGUAACGCAAUGAAAGGAUUAAACCGCCCGGAGAUCGUCUAUCGAUGCCAGUCUAAACACAAAGACUACGGUUGGCAUCGAGCUUCAAAGCCAGGAGCCCAAUUUUCAAUACCAAUCAUCCUCAUAAAUGGCGAAAGCAAAAUACCGUCGAUUCACAUCUGCCAUAUCCGGUCUGUCUUAGGAAAAGCCACACUCGUGAUCCAAAACACCUUUCUUGAUGCUGAGAUGUGCCCUCAUUCGUCAUGUGCUCACGAGGCAACCCCAAAAGGGAUCAUGUUUAAAGGCCCAGAAUGGGAUUUCAAAACCAUAUUCCCAAGGCUCGUACCAGUUGAGUAUCUAGAAUUGCCGUGGACACCUUGGCCAAGCCGAACGUGA